UUGCAAGCUCCCGAUUCCUUUUCUUCCUUUUUCUCCAAUAUUUUUCCUCCAAUAAAUUCCAAUUAUGGGUAGGAUUUCUGUGAUUCUCUGCUUUUUUUGUGUUGCCUUCGCAUCGAUUAAAUCAUCCAUUGCUUCCCAUGAGGAUUUGUCUUCGGAUUCUUCUGCACAUUCAAAAAACAAGCAGAGUGUUGGGUUUUACGAGAUUAAGAAGGGCGAUUUCUCGAUCAAGUUCACUAACUGGGGGGCCACCAUUGUUUCUGUCAUUUUACCUGACAAAAAUGGGAAGUUAGCUGAUGUUGUUCUUGGUUACGAUAAGAUCUCAACAUACAAGAAUGAUUCAACAUACUUUGGUGCCACAGUUGGAAGGGUUGCUAAUAGGAUUGGAGGGGCCAAAUUUACCCUUGAUGGAAAAACCUAUAAACUAUCUGCAAAUGAAGGGAAAAACACUCUUCAUGGUGGUGUUAGAGGAUUUAGUGAUGUUAUUUGGAAGGUAAUGAAGCAUGUACCAGAUGGUAAAACCCCUUACAUCACAUUCACCUAUCACAGUUCUGAUGGAGAACAAGGUUUUCCUGGUGAUGUCAAGGUGAGUAUAACAUAUAUGAUCCUUGGAGAAAGCAAGCUAAAUGUGAUCAUGAAAGCCAAAGCUGUUGAUAAGGCCACCCCUAUCAAUUUGGCCCAACACGCCUACUGGAAUCUUGGUGGCCAUAACAGUGGUGAUAUCUUAUCCAACACCAUACAGAUCUUUGGUUCCAACAUCACUCCUGUCGACAAGCAACUCAUUCCCACCGGCAAGAUCGAGUCAGUGAAGGGGACACCAUAUGAUUUAACUGAACCCACUGCCAUUGGAAGCAAGAUUCAUCAGCUCGAAAGUGGAGGAUAUGACAUCAAUUAUGCGCUCGAUAAUAAGGAGACUACAGGGGGUCUGAAAAAGGCGGCCAUUGUUCACGAUAGCAAAUCAGGAAGAGUUUUAGAGCUGUGGACCAAUCAGCCUGGGCUGCAGUUUUACACUGCAAAUGGAGUCCAAAAUAUAAAAGGAAAAGAUGGGGCAGUAUAUAACAAGUAUGCAGCAAUCUGUUUGGAGACUCAAGGGUUUCCUGAUUCUGUAAAUCACCCCAAUUUCCCUUCACAGAUUGUGUAUCCAGGGAAGACAUACAUACAUUUCAUGGUUUUCAAGUUCUCAACAAAAUAGGAUAUGAUAGAUGAUGAAUAAGAAAGGAGUUCUGAGAAAAAAUGUGUAAUCCUUCAGAGUUUAUGUGAGAGGGAAGCUAAUAAGAGGACAUGUAAGCCAUUGGUUGUAGUUACUUCAUUUCAAAGAGAUCUGUUUUUUUUUU